AUUGAUAAACUUAUAACUAUAAGAACAACUACAACAGAUCAGUUGUGAGAGCCACACAUAACAGUCAAAUAAUUGCUAUUCUUAAAAUGAGAGCAAUGAAUUUAGGAAUUAUUCUGUUGUUUUUACAAUUUGUUUCGAUGACAGACGGACAUAUUAUAAUAUAUGGUACUGGUGGGGAUUCUCCACGCCCAGAGUUAAAAUGGGAUGGUGAAAGUGGAAAUUUAGAACGUGAGAUUGGAGAUGUAAAAGAGUCACUUGUCUCUGUCAACCAACAGAUUGGUGACUUGAAGAACCGGGUUGAAGAAUUACAGAAUUCCGUCGAAGAGAGAACGAGAAAAUGCCCAGAUGCAUGGAUUCCACAUAACGAUUCCUGCUUCUUUUUUGAUUCCAUUCCUGUCAAUUUCAUUACGGCAGAGAGUUUCUGUAAAGGACAUAACGCUCAUCUGGUACAUUUAGAAACAAGAGAAAAGAAUGCAUAUCUGCAGAGUAUAAUACCGGAAAUUUAUAAAGAUAAGAAAGAUUAUAUGGUUUGGAUUGGUAUGACUGAUGCAGCGAAAGAAGGAGUAUGGAAGACAACAGGGACAAAAUUGUUCCCUUCUUCGACUGGUUGAGUGGGGAGCCACAGAACAUUUCGAAUGACCCAACGGGCCAAGACUGUGCUGCUUUUCAGUCUCAUGGAAAGUACAAAUGGGUUGACAUAAAUUGCAGCACAAGGACCGCUUUCGUAGCAUGUGAAAUGUCCAAACAAAAUUGAGCCUAUUCAAUGACUUUUGUAACUUCUAUCAAUCAUUUACUGCUUAAUGAAGAUAUAACGUUUCUAUAAUUAUAUUAAACAUAUUUACCAUUAGCUGAAUAAAGCAAUAUAUUUUUUCCGAAAUAUAUGAGCAGUGUGGUUUUGUUUCUGAUUUCCAAAUAUUGACUGGUCCUCCGGGUCUCAUUGCCGCUUGUCCCUGUUGCUGGGUCGCUUGGGGGUUGCGUUCAUUAAACUUCGCCCUUCCUUGUUGAUCUUGUUUAUCCUAUUUUUUUAAAGAGAUACAUAUUAGUAAAUUAUAUGUAAUUAUCUUAUCUUCACAUCAUGUAUCCAAAUAAUGGCAGCGUGGAAAUACUAAUGGUCAACGAAAUUAUACCGUUGGAAGACAUAUCACUAUAUUUCCAUCCGUCUGUUCUCAUGUUCUGUUGCAUGUACCUCUUAAAGUGGUUGAGCUAGAUUCACCAAACUCGACAGGAAUGAUGAUCAGAAUGUAAAGUUAGGCACGUGGGGUUUGGCAUGCGGAUUAAUCUAGUUUUGUCAAAGCUAUUGCCAUUGACAUAGUAUAAAUUUUCAACUUGUGUCGCGUGUAGCACAAAAAGUAUUUCACAUUGAGUCAUGAAAAUUUACAGAAAUGUUAGUAAGAAUGUAUAGUUGUGGACGUGAGGAUUUGCUUGUGGAUGCAGUCUUUGUGGAGUUAUUGCCCUUAACUAAGUAAAAUUUGCAAUUUUUUAACUUGUGUCGUGCAAAG